CUUGCACUUUGCACCAGCUCCCUCCCUUUCCAGCCUCACAAAGUUACAAACUCACUGUCCACCAUCCGUGGUGUCCGCUUGUCAGAUUCCGUCUCACACAAAUCGUCCUUGCACCUACUGUCACUUCUCUUACACCUCACGUGGACUCCUUGAAGUUGGCUUGUUGAAACACUCCAACCCGAGCGCCCAUUCGAAUCCUUCAUCCCCUCUCCAGUCUCCACCUCUUCCUUGACCAUAGCAACAGCGUGGUCAAAUCUCUCACAAUGGCCGCCAUGGCUUCUUCAGAGCGCUUAGAACAACCAGCCGAAGUGGCUAACAAGGUGUUACGGAGAGCUCAAGUAUCAAAGAUGACGAGAGCUCUGCAAAAUCGAUUGGCACUUGCCAACGUCAAGAUCCAGCACGGAUGGCAGAACAUGAGCCUCGAUUCCAUAGAACCCAAGGUCGACUUGGAAUUGAAACGCAAACGACCGGCGUCGUCUCGAGACGUCAUGUCCGAUUGCUCGUCCAGCAUCUCCGACCGGUAUUAUCCUGUUGGGAUGCUGGACUCUUCUCCCCUUGGAGGGCCCAUGUUCUCCGACGACCUCCCUCGCUCCGGUAGCACCAUCAACGGCUCGAACAAACGGAAGAAGUUCUACAAUCCAGACCAACUCCGCCGUCCCGUCUCGAGCUCCCAUACCCGAACCAAAGUCCGCGCUGGCCACACCAAAGUGUCGACGUGGAAGUCCUCCUACCAGCUUGCCCAAUCCUCUCCAUCUCUUCCCAACCGACACUCCUCCUUCCCCACCCAACCUGUCCGAAGCAACAUCUCAUUUGCUUCCAUGCCGCGUGACGCCACGCCCACCUCCGUCUGCUCCUCCGAAACCGACGACGAGGACCUCCCCGUCCUCUCAUUCAAUGCCGGCUCCGCGGGCGGUCCCCGUGUCCCGAAACUUCAAAUCCGCUCCUCCCCGCCCGCCCGCAGCCCACGCACCCCUCCGCCCGGCUUCUCUCGCUCCUCGCGUCUUCACAGCCGACCGUUCACCGAGCCACGAGCUCCGCAACAGGACGCCGCGGACCUCCUCAUGUACCUUGCCGCGUCUCCGUCCCCGGCACAACCGAACCACAGUACCUCGAACAUCCGCACACCACGAGUCAACGCCCCGUCCACACCCCCGCCGAAACAAACCCCGUUGCCAUCCACCAUGAUGUCCACUCCUGGAGGCAACCCCGCCAGCUUCCUCGGUUUCGGAAGCCAAACCCCCAACGCCGUGAACUUCGAGGACUUCCUCCAUUUCACGCCGAGUCCCGCCCAGGCGGCGUGGAAGACCCCCAGCGGGAAGACACCGGGGAGGCGGCGGGUCAACUUCGACCACCGGACGAUGGACGAGGGGAAGGAGAGACCGAAGGGGUUGGGGAUGGAGCUAGGAGGGGAGCUGCCGACGUCGAAAUGAAUCAUGAGGGUCACGAGGAAUGACUUGUGUGAUAUGGAGAGAACCGCUGGGCGGUCAAGAUCCGUGGGGCGAGGUCACAAGGAACGACCUGUUUAUAUGCUUAGAGGGGCAUCAUCUUUGGGCAGUGACAGAUAGUAUUUUGGUCGUAAUAACCUGCCACCUGCUCAUACAUCCCAUUGCUUUCGGAUUAUGUCCCAUUUCUAGCGUCCAUCGCGUUUACACAAUCAUGGCAUAUCAUGCCAUUUAGCAUAGCAAUUAGCUGUAGGAAUUAAUGAACCAU